AUGGCGGGAGCGCCGUGCACAGUGUGCAACAAGGCUGAUGCCUUGCGUUGUACGCGCUGCAAGAGCGCUUGGUAUUGCGGCAAAGACUGCCAGGCCAAGGAUUGGGCUACGCAUAAGUUGCUUUGUGGCGCUUUUGCGGAGUUUGAUAUGGAGAGCAGGCCGAGUGCAGAGUUCGAUCAGAAUGGCAAGCCGAGUAAGGAGUUUGUUCAGGCUGUGUUCUUUCCGGUCGAUGAAACAAAGCCGAAGGUCGUAUGGCUUGAAUGCGAGUGGGGUGAAGACUGCGGUUUACACUUCCAGCUCCCUGAUCUCAAGACUUAUCUUGGAGGAUUCGGUAGACACACGAUGGUCAACACGUCGCAGAUCUACUAUCGCGACGGUUUUCUUACUGAUGGGUCAAAGCCAAACAAGAGCAUCGAAGCAAUUACUCGUAGGAAGAAACAGAAUCGUUAUCAAUGGCGUGGUCCGUUCUUAGCGGUGGGUCGAAAGGGAUCAGAUCCUGAGUCGGAUGCUUGCAGAGACAUCGAUCUGACCGACUUUCGUCAAAUCGCCCAUUUCUUCCUCACCUACCGUGGAUUUGAACCAGUCGUGGUACCCUUCUCUUUCCCCAGCUUUCCAAGUGAACCGAUGGUUCAAGGUGUUCGAAUCAACUGCACAGGCGAUAUGAAGUUACACCAUAAGCCGCACUUCGAGCCCAUCGAGCUUUGUCAAAAUCACACUUUGCUCCAUCCAUAUGUCAAUUCUGAGGUUGCUCAGCGCGCUGGCAUUCCAAUGGCCACCCUUCGCAUUCCACCAGAUUCAAAAUUGACACGUCGUGACGGCCCUGAAGGAGAAACUGAAGAUCCCCUUAACAACCCAGACGGUACUUUCUUACAUCUGAGUUGCGAUCCGAAAGCCAAAUUCGAUCAUCCAACCAGGACCAUGGGCUUCGGCCUCGCGCCUAUGCAAUACCAGAGUCGCGUGGGGAGUAUGUUCGUCAUUCGUCAGGAUGGGGAGCCAUUGCUUCCUCUUCAUGUCGAAGCAAUGUGUGGAUAUUGCCGAUAUGAAGUCAGCCCUCUUUUCUUGGGGGCAGCCCAGAUAGAUGAAGAUUCGUCGGAGGACCUCAAGAACAGGGAAGCGGUUUUGGACAAGAUCAACUCGGCUGCAUUCUUGGCUUACUGGUCCAAGAUGCUAGAGGAGAAGGGUCUAACUGGCGACAGGAAGCCCGCUGCUCCAUCUGUGGGUUGA